AAGAGGACACUGGACGCAGAGAGAGAGAGAGAGGGAGACACUGGACUUUGUCCUCGCAUGGAACCUUGGCAGCAGCAUAUUCAUAUACAUGCGCUCACUCUCAGCGGGAUCCGGCCGUACAUGUGUAUCGUCUUCUUGCUUGACGGCGAUUUGGCGCAGGUUCAGGCAUAUGCCGUGAGCUUGUAGCUAGAGGGAUCGAGCUUGCAGCGGGUGGUGGUGCUGAUAAGAUUAGUAGUAGUAUACGCAGGGGUGCCCGGCAGACUAGUGGUCGGUAGUGCGGCCACCACUCCGGCCGAGACAAAGCGUGUGCGUGCGUGCGCGCGCGAGUGUCCAGGAGCGCCUUUCCCCCCCGGCUCACACCGGAGUGGUGAAUCCAUCCAUCCGCCCGCUCAUCACACGGUGCGUGCCUCAAUUCUCUCCCUUGCAGGGGAGAGCAGAGCUCCGUUUCCUCUGCUCCGCGGCGACCAGCUCCGGCGGUUUGGGGGUGGCCUUGCGCCCAUGCAGCAGAUGGCCACCACCGUCACGCUGCUGCUCGGGGCAGCCUCGUCCCCAGGCCUCGCCGCCGGUGAUGGCGCCGCGCGGGACGGCUUCCAGCGCUCCCGCCUGCUGCCCAAGAAGCGGCAGCAGAGGCAACGCUGGGUGCUCUGCUCGCUCACGUACGGCUGCCUCGGCCUCGGCGAGCCGGGGGAGGCGGGCGGCCGGAGCGCGGCGUCCCCGGUGUACUCCAGCCUCACCGUCAGCCCCGGCGGCGACGCGGCCGUCGCCGUCGUCUCGUCGGAGCAGAAAGUGUACGACGUGGUGGUGAAGCAGGCGGCAUUGCUCAAGCGCCAGCUGCGGCCGCAGCAGCAGCAGGCGGCGCCGCCCGCCGUCGCCAGGGAGAUGGACGCGCCGCGCGGCGGGCUCGGGGAGGCCUACGCCCGCUGCGGCGAGAUCUGCGAGGAGUACGCCAAGACCUUCUACCUCGGGACCUUGCUGAUGACGGAGGAGCGGCGGCGCGCCAUAUGGGCCAUCUACGUGUGGUGUAGGAGGACAGACGAGCUGGUGGACGGGCCGAACGCGUCGCACAUCACGCCGCAGGCGCUGGACCGGUGGGAGAGGAGGCUGGAGGACCUCUUCGCCGGGCGCCCCUACGACAUGCUCGACGCCGCGCUCUCCGACACCAUCACCAAGUUCCCCAUAGAUAUUCAGCCCUUCAAGGACAUGAUCGACGGGAUGCGGACGGACCUUAAGAAGGCGAGGUACAAGAACUUUGACGAGCUCUACAUGUACUGCUACUAUGUUGCCGGCACCGUGGGGUUGAUGAGCGUCCCGGUGAUGGGCAUUGCGCCGGAGUCCAAGGCGACAGCCGAGAGCGUCUAUGGCGCCGCUCUGGCUCUUGGCCUCGCGAACCAGCUCACCAACAUACUCAGGGAUGUUGGAGAAGAUGCAAGAAGAGGGAGGAUAUAUUUGCCACAAGACGAGCUUGCGGAGGCGGGGCUCUCCGAUGAAGACAUCUUCAAAGGAGUCGUCACCGACAAGUGGAGGAAAUUCAUGAAGAGGCAGAUCAAGAGGGCGAGGAUGUUCUUCGAGGAGGCGGAGCGAGGGGUGACUGAGCUUAGGAAGGAGAGCCGGUGGCCGGUUUGGGCCUCUCUGUUGUUGUACCGGCAGAUCCUCGAUGAGAUCGAAGCGAAUGACUACAACAACUUCACCAAGAGGGCCUAUGUUGGGAAGGCGAAGAAGGUGCUUGCGCUCCCUGUCGCGUACGGGAGAUCGCUGCUCUUACCGUAUUCACUGAGAAAUAACCAGACCUAGAAGAAACAACAAAGCAAGAUGAAGAUGGUCAGGUUAGGCUAGAUAGAAAGAAACAGGGCGGUGUCGCGACAUCUGCCUUUGAGCUCCUCAUCCGGUUAGUUGGAUAGUCAAUGCGGCGAAUCGGCACAUUCCUCUGCAAUCAAUGUUGAAUGCAUGACACGAAGGGCUGGGGAAGGAAGGGAGAAGAACACUGCAGCCAUCCUCGAUGGAGACCGAAUGUUUACAUGUAUAUUAUUACUGCUAGAACAUGUGCGUUUGACGACAGAACAAGAUGUAUAUAUAUAUACUCGUUGUCGGUCCUGAAUUUGGGAAACAGGUAUGUUAUUCUGUAAGCGUAUAUAUUCGAACAAUAUGGUUUGGAAUACAAAACUAAGAAAAUA